AUGAAAUUUAUCGCUGUUUCUAUUGCUUGCAUCCUCGCUGGUGCUAGUGCAUUCGAGUACCCUGAAUUCGUGCCCUUGCACAAGCGUCAGGAACCCGGGACUCCUGCCUACGAAUGCCAUGCCAAUUGCGGCGGCAUCAUCACUGACGCCCGUUCCGACGGGUACUGCGACAAAAGCGACUUCAAGACCAAGCUGAGCGACUGCCUGGACUGCGCUCUCGAGUUCGAUAUCUGGAAGUACUACGGCAACUCCGUCUCCUCGGCUGCUGAGGAAUGUGGACUUGACGCGACCCCGGUCGAGGGCUCAUCGAGCUCGUCUAGCUCUGCGUCUGCCUCGGAGACUGCUACUGCUACUGAGACUAGCUCUCAGACCGAGCCAAGCAAUACUCCCACUGAGUCUUCGACGGAGUCGACUUCGGCUUCUGAGGAGACUACCGACUCGAGCACCACUGUGAGCUCCACCCCUGUGAUCCCUACAGUGAUUACUCCUACUGCGACGACGACCCCGGGAAGCUCGUCCUCGAGCAGCCCCACCCCUGACCCCGAGUUUACCGGUGCUGCUGCGCUGAACAAACCUGCUGGAAUGGUCGUGGGAGGCCUCAUUGGCUCCUUCAUGGCGGCCCUUAUGUAG